AUGACUCUGGAUCGAAAAUCUGUUUUUUUGGAACGUUUACUAACUGAACUAUUUCAUGCGUUAUUCGAAUAUCUUUGGGCUCAUGAAAUUUUUCAUUCAUUUUUCAAUCUCAAUUAUAGAAUUAAUUUUCAAUUCAUCCGAAAAUCGAUCUUUCAUUUGAUUUGUAAACAAAGUCGACCUGAACAAUUUACAAAUGUUCGAUCACUUUCAUCGAUAAGAAUUCAAGGUGAAUCGUUAUAUGAAAUUUUGUCAGUUUUAUCACAACUGAAACAAUUACAUUGUUUGACAUUCGAUGAUUCAGGUGGACGAGGAGCUUCUGUUCGAAUGACUGACGAAAGCACAGAACGAGAUAUGAACUAUUUCCUUUUACCGCAAUCUUAUCCUGAAAUUCUUCCUCAAUUGAAAUCUUUGUCGACAUAUCAUUCUAUUGAAUUAACAUCGAUUCAUUUUCUAAAUUUACUCCGAUUAACAUUGAAUUCUUAUUCAUUACAACACAAUAUCAAUGCAGUUCUUCAACAUGUACCUCACCUUCGAUCUUUGACCUUAUCUCUCGUAUACAUUCACGGAUUUGACUCAAUUCAAGCAUGCUAUCAAAUACAACAAUUGAGAGUAAUAAUUCCUAGCAAGAUUCUAUCCUGA